UUCGCUCCAGCGGGAGUGGAAGUGGCGGUCAGUGUCGUAGGAAAACAUGUUUGGCCACAUAAAAAGUUGAAUCGCGAAACGAGGCAUACACCGGGCGGCAGAGGAACACGCGAAACGGAAGAAAUGGAUGCGAUAAAACCUGGCUGGUUCAGUGAAAUCAAUGAUCUGUGGCCAGGUGUCUCGUUGUCUCUCGAAGUGGUCAAGAUACUUCAUCGGGAAAGAUCGCAGUAUCAAGAUGUGAUGGUGCUCGACACGAAAUCACAUGGAAGAGCCUUAAUUUUAGAUGGUAUCAUACAAUGCACGGAGAAUGACGAAUUUUCGUACCAGGAGAUGAUUGCUUUUCUACCACUAUGCAGCCAUCCAAAUCCUAAAACUGUCCUAAUAGUUGGGGGUGGAGAUGGCGGGGUUGCUCGUGAGGUCGCGAAACAUCCGCAGGUAGAAAAGAUCGUACAAGUUGAAAUCGACCCGAAAGUAUUGGAGGUAUCGAAAAAAUAUUUGUCCUACAUGGGAGUAGGGCUGGAUCAUCCUAAAGUCACCCUUAACGUGGGGGAUGGUUUCCAAUUCUUGAAACAGCAUACUGGAGAAUUCGACAUUAUAAUCACGGACAGCAGUGAUCCUGUCGGUCCAGCAGAGUGUUUGUUUCAAGAAUCAUAUUUUAAUCUAAUGAAGAGUGCAUUGAAGCCUGGUGGAAUCGUUUGCAGCCAAGCAGGAACAGCCUGGGCGAACCUCGACCACGUAACACAAACUUUGCAACAUUGUAAAGCUUUAUUUCCAGUUGCAUCUUACGGUGUGGUUUCUGUACCAACGUAUCCAACAGGACAAAUUGGUUUCGUACUCGGAGGAUUAAGCACAGAGACGAAUUUCAAAGAGCCAAAGAAAGUGUUUAGUAACAGUGAGCUCGAUCAAAUGAACAUGAAGUAUUACGACCAUGAUGUGCACCGAGCUGCGUUCAUUCUUCCAAGGUUCAUAACGAAAGCGCUGAACAAGGCACUCGAUAAGAAAUAAUCACUGAACUAUGCGAAAAAAGGAGAUUAUUCUCAAAGGAAUGAAAAUCGAGACUUUUACCAUAUGACAAAAUCAUCCUUUUCGCGUAUUACAGACUGUGCUCAAAUCGCACAAAUACCAUUACAAUUUUUAUACAUUUUAAAAUUUACAUUGUGUUAUAUGCAAUUUAGAUAUUCAACUUUAUCAAUUGAACAGACUGAAGUGAAGAAUUCGAACAACAUGUUAAUUAAAGUUGAGUACUCUGUGCAAAAAUAAUAACAUACAUCACACACACAUACACACACACGAGAAACUACACCUUCUCAAUAAUACAAUUACGAAAAUGUUAGAAAUUCUUUAUUAUCUCUGAUU